AUAGACACCAGUAUGUAGAAUACCUUAAAAAACGUACUUAGUUUUAGAUUAAUAUUGCUUUUUGGAAAUCAUUUGAAGCAAUGACAAAUUUUUUAAAAACUAGAAAAAUUCUAGUUUUCUACGUGACUUGAACGAAGCCGGCGGUGUGAGCCUUUGUUCGUUUGUCAACAAACGGUCCACCAAAGUCUAUACAAUGAAAAAACUGGACAUUUUGCAGAACGCUUUGCAUUGAUUUGCGUGUAAAAUAGUUUAAGUGCCUAUUGUUUCCCUGUAGUGUCUUUGAUAUGAAUAUAAAUCACGCGCCCUCUUAAAAGGCAAAAAAUUCAGAAUCCGCGAGUGACCUCUAACACCCGUCAACGAGAAGAAAAAAACUGCUUUGAAAUUUCUCCAAUUGACGAAUGUUUGGGAAAAGUGGCUUCAUAUUGUUCGGUAAGUCUCGUACCACAAUUUGAUUUGAUUAAAAAAUUAUUAAUCUUUGCGCAAUUUCGUGCAAUCCCAUGGAAGUGUUGCAUGCGUUGUGCCUGUGAUUUUCCUGUGCACGGUGGCAUGUAAUGAUCAUAUGGAUGAGUUCUUCCUGCAGACAAGUUUCCAGGUCUAUCUUGUUGUCUUCCUGGCUUGGAUAAAUUCCGAAACUGACAUAGUUCGUACAGUUUCUGUAAAUUACAUUACAAAAGUGACUUGGUUAUUGAAAACUCUUGAAAAGGGUAGGUUUUUAGUUAGGUUUUUGAUAACCACUUUCAGUUACAAGAAGCUGCUUUCAUUACUAAUGCAGAAUUUUACCUUUCUUUCAUGGAGACCUCUAUUCCAUAUUUAUAUAAAAGCCCUUUGGGAAAAACAUCAAAGGAGAAAACCACAAAUUCCUGCUAAUAUUAAUAACUUGCACAAAAAUUAGUGAGAGAGUUGAUUUAUUUUUUCAAAAGUCAUUACUUUCUGUUCCUUUGUCUUGUUUUUUUAAUUUCACAGAAAAACUUCAGUUUUGUUCCCCCUUAUUUUUCUUCUUUCAAACAACCAAGGUUUGAUUCCCCUCAAUGAAAUGGUUUGAUCUCAACUUUCUGUUGUAAUUUGUAAUUUUAAUUUUAUAUUUCAGUCAAGAUGACAAGUUCUCAUUAUUGAUCUGCAAAGCAAGGUGCUUAUGGCUCAUGGAAAGUCCAUGUCAUUUGGAUUAUAAUGAUAGCAAGACUUGGAAGAACAAAGGGCCGUUAAGGCUUCAUAUUUCAAAGGAUGAAGCUGAUAUUAAUACUUUAUAGAACAAUGUGAUAAUAAAGGAAAGGAGAUCACCAUGAUUCUGAUGACAAGUAAAGAACUGAUCAUCCAGCUUCAGAUAUUUCUUGCCUUUAUUCUGAUAAUGGAUGUCAUCAAGCUGUCGUGUGGAGUACCUCAGUCUCCAGCUUGGAAGAAGAUCUCCAGUAAAAUCUUGCUGACAGGUAGUUAUCAGGAAAUACUGCUGCCUCACUCAGAUGCAGCUGUUUGGCUAGAUUCCACUACAGGAUGGGUAUGGCUAUUUGGAGGACAAACUGCACAGAAUAACAAGACUUCUACUCUUGAUCAGCUCUGGAAAUUAGAUCUUCAAACAAUGAACUGGAUCCUGAUCCACAAGGAUGGAAAGAAAUGGCCUUCAAAGAGACAUCAGGCAGUUUUGUGUUCGAGAGGAAGAGCCCUUGUUCUUGCUGGGGGGAUACUGACAUCUGGCUCCUGGAGCCCGGAUGUGUGGAAGUAUGACACUGACACAGGGAUAUGGGAGAUUGAAGUUGGGUAUGAACAUUUGCUAAGUAAUGUAACAAGAUUCUGGUGCUCUGGUCAGGACCUGUAUGGCUUCGUGCAGGAUGAGUCUUAUACCACAUUGUUACAGUAUCACUGGGACCAUAAGAGCUGGACAAAGAUUCCGACCAGAGUUGGCACAAAGAAAGCUAUGUCAGAACUCGAACCAGACCUAAGGAACAUUUCUAUCUAUCCACUGUGGCCUUCAGAAAGAGGGUUUAUAAUUCUUUAUGCACCUGCUGAUGGUAGUAAGUUCAAAUUCAACUCUGAUAGAUUAGAGCUGAUAGGCUCACAAUGUAUUCUUUGGUUACUUGAUAAGGAUAUUCAAUGGACACCACUGCUCUCUGACUGCAACACCGAUGGUAAAUGCCUGACAUCAUUAUCACCUCAUGAAAAGACACAGAUUCUACAUGUUGAUGUGCCACCAUGCCGUACACAUGCUGGUACAUGGAUUGACAGUGAUGGUAAUGUAUGGAUGCAUGGCGGUAGGUCUGACACAGAACUACUGCGAGACACAUGGAUGUAUGACCUAAAAUCCAAAUCAUGGACACAGCUUAAAAGUCCUUGCCUCACAGGAACAUGUCAGGAACCUGAUGUUUACAUAGAUCCUAUUACUUGGACUUAUAAUGACACACUCUUUCUCUUUGAUGGUCAACAUGUCCAGACAUCCUCAAACACGACAUCUCUUGCAGGUAUCUGGACAUUGAACAUAUCAAACUUUCUGCAACAUUCCAUGCUAGCUGUGCCUCCUAUUGGUGUAUUUCUUAUCUCUUUGAGCGUUACCUUCAUUGUCUCGUUGGGAACUUGCGUGAUCAUAAUCCUUGUGAAGUGUUCGUCAACAACAGCUCCAAGGAUCAGGCCACCUGUAAGGACUUAUGGCAAAGUGCAGUAUUCACCUGUCAGCUCUACUGAUGGGCCGUAAAGAAAGAAUUAUCCUUGAAUUAUGAUCUUUUGUUGAUAUGUAAAUGAAUAUGAAAUAAUGCCUGUGAUCAUAGCAUUCCAACAACUGUUCAAUUGAAAUUCUCUUUUUUUUCCCUAAAAAAGUUGAGUUUCUUCAUCUGACAGAAUGGUUAGGCAGCAAGCAUCUCUAGUCUUUCAACAGAAAUCAGAAUUGAAAAUUCAUGGAUGUGACUUUGAUUUUGUAACAAAUAUUCAUUGCUCUCAGAAGGAGAAAAAUGAAACAUUCCACACGAAUAAUCAUUGAACAUUACUGUCUAUAAAGGAUUUGUGUCCACCCCCCCCCCAAAAAAAAAAAAAAAAAAUUAAAGUGUGAAAAUGCAAUCAUACAGUCUGUAAAAAAAAAAAAUCAAAAUUGAAGGUUGACCAGGUAUAAUGCCUUAAUUGAUACAUUCCAUGUCAUGAUGUCCCAUAAAAAUGCAAUUUUUUUAGUUCUUGUUUCCUUAUCCAUUCUUUAUAUUUGAUUUGAAUGAACUUACUGCAAAAAUGUAUGUUUCAAGAUAAAUGAAUAUUUGUCAUUCUAACAUGUUUAAGAAUUGUUUUAUAUUUGGGUUAGGUAGGGUAAAUUGAUUCAUCAUCAACUCUUGUCUGCAAAUGAUUGUAUAAUAAUUAGUAUCAGUUUACUGUAAUAUGCUUACCAUUUUAACCAAACAUUGGUUAUAAUAAUUGCAAUAUAAUCAUGUAUAUUCAUCAUCACAAUAUUCCUGUUUAGACCAAUUUUAUGCCAAAUUGCCAUCAUGAAACAUUCCUAUAGAUCCCUGUUCUGGUAACUCACUCUUAUUCCAGAUGCAAAGAAGUGCUUUUAUUUGCACUACAUCAUUGUAUUAACAGUUGAUGUGAAAUGUGUACAAUCACCAUUCCCUGUUUCUAGCUGCCUUGUUAUUUUCUUUUAAUGCCUGCUUUAAUUUGACUUUUGACAAUGUGCAAUCAGAAUACUGUAUACAAUCUAAAGAGGAUUAGUAAAACGCUUAUUUUAUUUUCAUUUUACAAUAGUUGUAUUUAUGAACAAAGAAGCUAGAAGAGUUUUAUCAUGUAGGCCUAUUCUAUUGAUCUUACGAUUGUAGUGCAUACAUAUAUGCAGUAGAAGGUAGAACUGGGUAAUGUCUGAUUUUUUUUUCAUUACAUCGUUUCAUUUUCAUAUUUCGCAAAAGAUGUCAUAUGUUGCACAUUUUAAGACUACAAUUAGAUUAAAUAACAGAAAAAACACAAUAAAUGUGUAAAAAAUGAUAGAACUAAUUCUAAGAGUUUGGUGCAUGCAUCAAAUUGAAUAAGGGUUUCUCUCCCUUUCUUCACUUCCGAUUAUCAAAAUGUUUUUGAUUUUUCAUGUUUUUUACUUUCAAAUUACCAACAAUCAUACCAGGUGCUCCAUAUCUAACUAGGCAGUCAUAAUGUAGCCCACCUUUUCCUUUGUAACUGAAACAUGCAAUGAUUCAUUUCUUCAUAGAUGUGCAUAAAGAAUACUUCCUGUGUACAUGUAAAUUAUAAGUAAAAAUUACUUUACAAAUUCCAUGACAAGUCAAACCAUGUUUUAAAUUCAGCAAGCAGGAACAAACUUGUGUAAUUUCAUGUAAUAAUAUGCAACAGAAAAGAUGGGCUUGCCUUGAGGACAUUGUUUUAUUCACCAUUUUUGGAAGCAUCAUUCAAUUUCAAUUACAAUCCACUGCUUUUUUUUUAUAUUUUAUUUCAGAUCAAGGUUCCCCAGGGCAUCCUUUUUUCAAUUUGUUUUUUUCCACUCAUGCAUGAAUGAGGAAUCUUCUGAGUUAUAGUACACCAGGUGAGAGAGAUUCUAAACUUUACAAUGUUAGGUCAUUUGUGAUCGAGUUAUGAUAAAUCAUCAUUCUCUUUUUUCUGGUACGCAUUUUAAAAGGAACAGGACGAGAGUCUGUAGUUGAUAAGACUCUAAAUGCACAAUUUUUUUUUCAGGAAUCCUUUGUUCGGGUGAGUCUGAAAACAGGUUUCGUCAUGCAUGCUAUUCAACAAUUUUUUUUAUAUAACUAUGCAAUUGGGAUUUAAUUUUGUAUACUGCAAUUUUGUUAUCUGCUUAGACUUAGCCAUUUGAAAUAUUUGUCUUUGUGUAAAAUAGUGAAAUUUGUUCUUAAAGAGCACAGAACAGUGAAUUUGUAUUUAUAAACUGGUUGUCUCUAUGAAUAGAUUGCUGUAUUGAUGGAGAAAACUGUUAGUUGAAACCAGAUUUGUGGACUUUAUGGACAGGUGAUCACUAAAGUAGGAUUUUUAUCUAAAAUUUGAAAUACUUGAACUACUUAGAAAAGACUCAAGAUCAUGACCAUGCUCCCAUUGAACUUUUUCAAAGAGCAUUAAAAUUUGAUAAUUACCAUGUUCAUAUUACUUAAACAAGAAAUCCAAGAUGGAGUUUUAUAAAAGCUAUGCAUUAGUUUAUUCAGCUAUGCACGACUUAAUGCACAAUUGGUGACUCUCUCGUGCUAAAUUAGUCAGAUUCUCAAUCAUUUGUAUCUUCAUCAGCUUGUUAAAAUUGAUCUUUUCAAAUUAAAAUCCUUGUUAAAAACAUCUGAAUGUAGUUUGUUAUUUGUUAAAACUUGAUUAGAAUUAUAGAAAGAGCACUCACAUUAAUUUGAUUUCAAAACAUGAAAUUUUGGGUAUCUCAAUUAAUGGGUCACCAGUUGCAAAAGUCUUGCAUAACUUACAAACAGCUUUAGGAAAUGACUUGGAUUUCACCGAGUUUCCAUUAAUUGCUAACUUAUGUUGUAAGUGGUAGGUUUUAUGCAACAUGGCUUUGAAGUUCCCUAGAUGUGUUCAUAGUAAAAUCACUUUAAUUGAA